CGACAUUCAAUACGUAGACAUUACACAAAAUUAACAGGAGAAAAAGCAGCAAAAUGCAAUUAUUGUAUUACAAAAUUUUCUAUUAAUACCAAAGAUUAUGCAAAAUAUCAUCGCCACUUAGUAAAGGAACAUCCAAACAAAUUGACAAAAAAAGAGAAGAAACAGAAAAAAUUUGGUUGGUUUUGGGAUUAUUUUAUACCAAAUAAAAAUAUGACAGCAAUAUGCAACAUUUGUCGUAUGAUCUGCAAGUAUCAUAAAUUAUCAAAUGCACACUUGAUAAUACACUUAAAAGAACGUCAUAGAAUAACUAUAAGUGCAAGAACACACGGAGAUAGAGAUGACUUGAAUGACACAAACAUGGAUACAAAAAUAAAUACAAACCAUCUAGAAGAUUCA